AUGGUUACAGUUUUAAGAAACCAAGGGAAGAGCAGAGAACAGUCGAUGGUUUCUUCCAACUAUCGCUGUAAAAAAUGUAUUUUAACAAAAAUGUGAUACUUGAAUUAUGAUUUUGAUACGUUCGAUAUGAUAAUAAAUUAUACUAUUCGUCUUAUACGUAACAUAAAUAGUCUGGUUCUAUUUCAUAGCAUAAUAUUGCUGUUUAUUGAAAAAAUAAAUUCAAAAAAGGAAAAUCUGACAUCAGUUGGAACAAAGGUUUUGAAGAUUCCAAGGGAUUAAUCUACAUUAUAUCUAUUUAAUUUAUUGUACACAUUCGAACAAACUGUUUAUUAUAAUAGUUAUUAAAAUGAUGUCACAAUUAUCAUACGUUAUGACCCUUGCAAACAGCAUUAUUGGAGUAAGCGUUCUAGCUAUGCCAUUUUGCUUCAAGCAAUGCGGUAUUGUUUUAGCUACUUUGGUUUUAAUAUUAAGUGGCAUUUUAUCUCGACUUGCUUGCCACUUUCUAAUCAAAUCAGCUGUAAUGUCAAGAAGACGAAAUUUUGAACUUCUUGCUUUCCAUGCAUUUGGUCAUAUGGGAAAGUUUUUAGUGGAGCUAUUUAUCAUUGGCUUCCUUGUUGGAACAUGUAUUGCUUUUUUUGUUGUAAUGGGUGAUUUAGGUCCACAAAUUGUGGGAAAAGUAAUAGAUAAAAAUCCAGAAGAUAUCAGAACUAGUUUACUUGUAACAACAAGUGUUUUCAUAGUUCUACCUUUAGGAUUACUUAGAAAUAUCGACAGUUUAUCCAGCCUCUGUACUGCUACAAUUAUCUUCUACCUUUGUCUUAUAUUGAAGAUAGUAGCAGAGUCUAUGCAGCAUAUUUUUGCCGGAGAUUGGUAUGAGCAUGUAUAUUAUUGGAGACCAUCUGGUAUACUUCAGUGUGUACCCAUCUUUUCUAUGGCUUUAUUCUGUCAAACUCAAUUGUUUGAAAUAUAUGAAACUAUUCCAAAUGUCUCUUUGGAAAAAAUGAAUGAAGUUGUACGAGGUGCAUUAAAUAUAUGUACUGGUGUAUAUCUAUGCGUUGGAUUUUUUGGUUACAUAGCAUUUUGUACACAACCUUUUACUGGUAAUAUACUGAUGAGUUUUGAAGCCAGCUUGUCAUCUGAAAUGAUUAAAAUGGGAUUUGUGUUUUCCAUUGCAUUUAGCUUUCCUCUAGUCAUUUUUCCAUGUCGUGCAAGCUUAAAUUCUCUUUUAUUUCGCAGGGUGUACACUCAUGAACCUUCUAUAAAUUAUUUACCGGAAACAAGAUUUAGAUGUCUUACCGUUACAAUUGUAACUGUUUCUCUAAUUACUGGCAUUUUGAUACCAAAUAUCGAAUUUGUUCUUGGUUUAGUAGGAUCUACAAUUGGAGUAAUGAUAUGUUUGAUAUUUCCAGCAAUAUUUUUCAUAUCCAUCAGUAGUAAACAUACUAAUGAAAGAUUAUUAGCGCAAGUAAUUUUAUUUAUUGGUAUAUGCAUCAUGAUCCUAAGUACAUAUGCAAAUUUGUAUGCACUAGAAGAGUCUACUAAUACAAAAGUAUUAACAGCAACAAAUAAACCUUUUAAUCAAAUUAAUAAUUUGCCAUUAAGUUUGAACAAAGAUGACAUUAAUGGAGUAGCAAAUGUUCCUAAUAGACCCGAACUUCUUCCAAAUAUAAAAGAAAAUGCAGAUCAACUACCAGACUUGAACAUUAUUGACCAAUCGUUGAAUCUAAAGACAAACGAUAUACGCCAAGAACCACCAAUUCCAGUUGAGCGCAUAAUUGUCACGGAAAAAGCAGCAGUAGAAACACAAAAGCCUGUUGAAAAUUUUGUAAUUACCUUUGCUCCAGUGAUUAAAAACAUUGUAGGCGAAAUAAAAACAUUAGAUGAAAGUUUUCACAAAAAGUCGAAGGAUUUAAUGAAAAAUGAUAUUGUAUCUACAGCAGGAUCUAUCCCUUUAAAAACGGAGAAAAAUAAUGUAAAAAUAAAGCAGCAUUUUAUAGAUAUUCAAAAGACUGAUAAUCUCAUCAAUUCGGAUGCUAUUAAAAAAGAGGAGUCAGAGUUAGCUGCAGACGCAGAAGUUGUUAAUAUAAUGGCUGCCGAGAGACACGAAAAACUUAGAAAAACUUUGGAAAAACAUAAACAAGAACAAUUACAAAUGAUGCAAGAACAAAAAGAAAUAUUAAAAGAUUUGAAGGAACAGAAGCAAGAAAUUGAAAGGCAAAAACAAAGAAUAAUAAAAGAUACACAAGAGCUUAAGGAAAAUGAAGAAAAAUUGAAAAUUUCCAAUCCAAAUUUGGUGGUUCCACAAAUGAACAGAAAUUUAACAGACUUGAAUGGUAAUAUUGAAAGACAAAAGCAGACAUCUUUAGGUAGAGAAAAAGAAAUAAACUCUAAUAGAAUUUCUGACAUAGAAUCUGGGAGAAUGAAAUUAAAUGAACAGUUUAAAGACGUGGACAAUGAAAAUGUUGGAAGUAAAAUUUUAAAAAGUAUAAAGGAAUUACAUGUUCCUGUAAAAAUGAAAAAUGUAACAGGGAAACAAAGCGUUUCAGUGGUUUUAAAUGAAAGUUCUGUUCUUACUAAAGAUACAAAUGAUACAACGUUUAAUAACGAUGUAAAUACGGAAAAGAAAAUCAAGGAAUUAAAAAUGAGACCAAGUAAUUCUAAUGAAUUGCCUCAGGGUCCUAUUUUGAAUGCUUUGAUAAAACGAAUUCCACAAAAAUCAAUUUCUCCGAAUGAAUUAUUAAUUAAUGAUGAAAAUGGUAAAGCUGUGCGUAAUAAUGAAAGAAUUUCAGUCAAUGUAGUUCUCAAUUCACACGAUAAAACGAAUGGAAAGAUCGAAAAUCAAGAAACGCAACAUGAAUAUUCUUUACCCAUUGCAUUGCAAAUACGAAAUCAGUCAAAUGUGGAUAGUGCGUUUGUUUUAUCAAUAAAUAAAUCCCAGGAAAAUGUUCAAGUGAUUCAUAGAGAUAUAUUGGAGAAUCAUGAACGUGAGAAACGAGAAAUUGUUACUAAAGUAGAUGAAACUAAUACCAAAGUUAUAAGUUAUAUUUCGAAUAAGAACAAUAACAGUUUGAUAAAAAAUUUCACCGUUAAAGACGAUCAUGAAAAGUGUUCGAAAAGAAGUGAACAUGCAAGUGAAAAGUUAACAAGUGAAUCAAAAGAAAAAUUAAAUGUAGCACCAAUUAAAAAUAGUAUAGCUGAUACAUCAUUAAUUAAAACUAACGUGUACUUGUCAGAACAAGAGUUUGCAAAUACAGUUUCAAUAGAUUCGAAUAUUCUUAUAAGUGGAGAAUAUGCGAAAUUAAAACAAAGGGACUUAAAGUCUAUGGAUAUCGAUGGAGAUUAUGUUUAACUUUCAGGAGACCUGAUUAGAAUUAAAUAAUACAAUAUAAUAUAUCUGUGAAAAUUUA